GUUCGCGUUGCGGCUGCGUAAACGGAACACUGACCUGUCAGUAGUCGAAAGCGUUGUACUCAUCGUGGAAUGAUGGUACGGCGAAAAUGCGCUAUGAAAUUUGCGUGUUUGUUGUGUCUGGGUUAGGUUUCAGUUAUAUUGUGCCGAAAAAAUGUAAAACCGUGUUUGUGUUCUAAUAAAGCAACGUGUGUUCGAAUUUCGGAAGAUAUUCAGAAUUCGGAGCGGCCAUCAUGGCUAACUGUUCGCUUAGAGUCAAUGGAAACACAAAGUUUUCCAGCUUCGCCGAGAAGGUCCACCGCGAUUGGAUUAAAUCGAAAAAUCCUGAAAAAAUAAUCGUCUGUAAGCAAUCGGAGGACGUGUUAAUUGUUCCCGAUAACAAUCUUUGUUGUCGAUCGACCUGUUGUCAUGUCAUUUAUUGUUGGAAUUUUCACAUUCUGGCGCGUGGUAAACAAUUACAAAAAGUAGCAUUAACUUUGGACGAGAACCGUAGGAAUUUUGCUAUAAAGUCAGUUUUCUACAAUACCAAUGAAAUUGGAGUUACAAACGGCCAAGAAUGGUGUAGCACAGAGUUAGAUGCGAUGAAUGCAAAAAGAAAUGGAAGCAGCAAAAUACAAUAUUAUGUGAAAAUAUGUUUUGUUGCCAAUCAGUACGGUACUUAUCGCCAGAAUAUUAUUUUUUAUUUUGGAGAAUAUCCUGUGAUACUCGAGAGGAUGUGCGUGGACUGUUUGCCAAUCGAAGACUUUUCAAGAAUUCACAAAGCCACCAACUAUCAGUUUUCGCAGAAUCCAAAAACAUGGAUCAAUGAAACAACAUUAAUUUGUCGAUUUAAAUCACCGUUUGUGCCACCAAAAGAUCCAAGGGAAGAGAAAUUGGCUAUGAUAUAUCCGUAUCCUGAUAAAAAUAAUUUCUUUUUAACUCAACAAUCCCUUACGGAUGAUCGCUUAACACCAGAAAAUUAUAGAGGUCGUCUUCACGAACUGAUUACCGUCGAAGAAUUAGCUAGACACGAACAAAUUGCCAGAUACAAUGAAAUCACGUGUAUGCGCCUACUUUGCAAUUAUAUUUUGGCUUCCACAGGUGAUGCGUCUACUACCGUUAAAUAUGCACCACCUGGUGAGCUCUUUGCUCAGUUACCACUAAGCCGUAGUAUCACAGAAGAUACAAAAAGCGGAAGACUGUUCCUGAGAGGUUGCAAUAGAGUACUUUUCAAGAAUCAUAAUUCGAACAUAAUAUUCGAGGCGCACAUAGAAGACAAGUGUACGCAAACCGUAUACGUGAGAUUGUCGAAAAUGUGCGUAGACACGUUACAUUUGGUGGCAAAUACAGAUCUGGAAGUGCAAUUGCAAUUUGUACUGAAUCGUUUGCCUUCUUGCGAAUGGCAUAAAGCUGUAGAUAGCUUGCCGGACGUAGGUCUAGUUUUUCUAAACAAAGCUCAUCGAGAUAUGAAAGAGAUCGGUACUGUCAAUCUAUCGGAGACGAAUACCAAGCAUAGCCUGUUUAAUACCGAACAGAAAAGAGCUCUAGCAAUUAUCACAGCCCCUAUUGAGAUCUCUUUACCACCAAUUUUGUUACUCGGACCAUUUGGAACAGGAAAAACGUUUACCAUUGCUCAGGCUCUACGACUCUUGCUUACCAGCAGUUCCGAAUACAAAAUUUUACUUUGUACCCAUAGCAAUAGCGCGGCCGAUCUGUACGUGAAAGAUUUUUUCGACUGCUGGUAUAAAAUGGAAAAAUAUCCACGAUUGAAACCCGUCAGAAUUUAUUACAAGGGUCGAGCUAGAAACACGGUACAUCCAGUGGUUCAAGAGUACACACUGAUGAAAGAUAACGGGACUUUUCGCGAUCCUACCGAGGAAGAUCUUCAAGAUUGCGGAUUGAUCGUGACCACUUUGACCACAUCCAGUUCAUUAACGUGCCUAAAUUUGUCGUUCACUCAUAUAGUGAUAGACGAGGCAGCUCAGGCGUUAGAAUGCGAAGUUCUUAUACCCCUUUCGUUAGCCACUCCUCAGACCCGUCUAAUUCUGGCUGGCGAUCAGAUGCAACUAGCGCCAGAAAUUUAUAGCGAUUUGGCGAACGAACGAGGUCUAGGGGUGACCCUGCUCGAGAGAAUCUAUGGGACGUAUCCGCCAACGCAUCCGUGCAGGAUACAUCUUUGUCAGAAUUACCGUGCCCACGGGGACAUCAUCAAGUACACGUCCGAAAUGUUUUACGACGGGGUCGUAAAGCCUGGUAACAAUUUAUUGAUGAAACAUCCUGUAUUAAAACCGUUGACCUUCUAUGCCGUUCAGGGUGAGGAAGUACAGGGCGUCUAUUCAACAGGAUUCGUGCACGUGAUGGAGGCGCACGAGAUAGUGAAUCGCGUGUUAGAAUUGAAAAACAGCUGGCCGGUGGAUUGCUGGGGACCAUACGGGGAAGGAUCGAUCGGAGUUUUAUCUUAUUACGCGGAACAGGUGCAAAGGAUACGAGUCGAGUUACGUAAUCGCAAGCUGUUCGACGUGUCCGUCGAGAGGGUAUUGAACGUUCAAGGGAAACAGUUCACCGCGGUGUUUAUCAGCAUCGUUCGAACGAGAAACUCGUGCAGAUACUCGGCGGAGAGAAACGUGAAGGACUAUGGGUUUCUAACGAAUCCGAGGCUGUUAAAUACAGCCAUAACGCGAGCCAAAUGUUUGGUCGCAGUGGUCGGAGACCCGAUUGCCCUCUUAACGAUCGGCUCCUGUCGAAAGCUUUGGCAAAGGUAUCUCGAGAUUGCCGAUAUCCACGGCACCGACCAACAAACUCUCAAGUAUCAUCUCAGCCAGAUUCCUGAACUCCCAUUGGCUACGCCAUUGAACCCAUUGGCGCAAGAGUUUGUACCAAGGAACAAUUUCUCCCUGGUCGAGUACGUGCCAGUACCGAUGCUCUAUCCGAUUUUUCAUUAUACCGAUACGAGACACGGUGGUAUCAUCGAUACCAGUUCCACUCGAAAUUGAACUGACUUUUUUCAACUGACGCGUCGAUUUUUAGAGAUAUCGGGAUGUUUCCUACUUUCCACUAACUUUGAAUGGAUUUAAUUGUUGUAACUAGUAUUCCGGGCUGAUUGGUUGCCCUCGAAAGUUGCUGUUCGUCGUAGACUAUACUGAUUUUUUUCUCCUAUUUUUUUUCCUUUUUUAUUUUUUAGAUCUGUUUUUAGCAUUUAUUUUUCAUUCGAACGAAUCAUUGAACGCUGAAAGGGAAUCUGUGAAUUUUUCUUUCUCGAACAUUUAUACUCUUCGUUGUACAGGCAGAAUUUUGUGAUAAUCGAUCGAUUUGUAUAUACAUAAAUAACAUACGUAAAUAUAUUUUCUUCCACCAAGCAGAAAAA